GCGGAGGUCUUUGGACAGUAUCGAUUCCACCUAUCCACAAGCAUGGGGAAUAUCUUUGCAAACCUCUUCAAGGGCCUUUUUGGCAAAAAAGAAAUGCGCAUUCUCAUGGUAGGCCUGGAUGCUGCAGGGAAGACAACAAUUCUAUACAAACUGAAGCUGGGCGAAAUUGUGACCACCAUUCCUACCAUUGGUUUCAAUGUGGAGACUGUUGAAUACAAGAAUAUCAGCUUCACGGUGUGGGAUGUGGGUGGCCAGGACAAGAUCCGGCCACUGUGGCGCCACUACUUCCAGAACACCCAAGGCUUGAUCUUCGUAGUGGACAGCAAUGACAGAGAGCGUGUGAACGAGGCCCGUGAAGAGCUCAUGAGGAUGCUAGCUGAAGAUGAGCUCCGAGAUGCUGUUCUCUUGGUGUUUGCCAACAAGCAGGACCUCCCCAAUGCCAUGAAUGCGGCUGAAAUCACGGACAAGCUGGGGCUGCACUCUCUACGCCACAGGAACUGGUACAUUCAGGCCACCUGUGCCACCAGCGGGGACGGGCUCUAUGAAGGACUAGAUUGGUUGUCUAAUCAGCUCCGGAACCAGAAGUGAACCAGACCCCUCCCUCCCCCUCACUUCCUCUUCUCCGCCCUCAGCUUUCCUUUCAUGUGGCAAAC